AUGUUAUUAAUUUUCUUGAUUCCUUUUGUUUUCUGUGUAUAAAAGAAUUUAGAAAAGGUGUGGAUUGAUACAGGUAUAUUAUAUUCAUAUAAAAAUUAGAUUCUGGAGAUGCUUAAGCAUUGUCAAUAAUAUAUGCAGCAUUCAAUUUUAAUGUUUUAGGAAUAUCAACUAUUUAUGGAACUACAUCGUAAUUUAUAUUAUGAAAUAGAGCUGAAAAAGCAGGAGAAAAUGUACUUAAAUUAACUACAAACAUAUAAAUGCCUUAUCAUAUUCCAGUCAUACAAGGAUUAGAUCUUCCAUAUAAUAAUCAUACUUGUGUUAAAUCACAUAGUGAUGGAAUGUAUUAAGCCAAUAUAUUUCCUGAUCAUUAAAUACCUAUAUUUAGUCAAGAUUUAACAAAAGAGCUUAACAUUUAAACUGAAUAUAGAAGCAAGAAUUCAACUGUAUAGAUAAUAUAAAUUCUUAGUUUACACUUGUAUUAUUAGGAGCAGCUACAAAUUUUGCAAAAUUACUUUAAAGAUAUCCUGAAAGAAUAAAAUAAAUAGGAAGAGUUAUAAUUGUUGGUGGAGAUGCAGAUGGAUGUGAUCCUAAUUAUAAUUGUGAUCCAGAAGCAUUAUAAAUCUUUUUAGAAAUUCUUUAAGCACAUAAUAUAUAAAUUACAUUUAUUCCUAAAGUUGAAUAAGAAAUACCAUAAAAAUAUUUAGAUGCUUUAAAAUCAAUAGAUAAGAGAUUAAGUAAUUGGGCACUUGGAAUGAUAGAAUAAAGUAAAUUUUCUUUACAUAAAUGUAAUAUAUAUAAUUGUAUGAUUUAAGUAUUGGGAGUAUAUUUCCUUUCUAAUAGAGAUUAAUUUAAAAUAGAAAAAUAUGGAGUAGAAAUAGAAGAAAAUAAUAAUUGUAAAGGAUUUGUGAAUUUCUUUGAAACAUCAUUACCAAAUUAAGUAUAAGUAGUAACACAAAUUACUUUGGAUAAAUUAUUCAAUAAUUUAGUAUAAAUAAUAGCCAAAGCAUCAAGAGGAGCUUUGACGAAGGAUGAUUGA